AUGGUCUAUCAACAAGCUGUUUGUCCCCAACUUUUAUACAAGAAUAAUGAUAGCAAUGAGUUUUGUAUUGGAGGCGUUGCAAUUCGAUCCAACGGAUUUGCAAAACGUUCUAUUGGUAGGUUGGCCAGAAAGAAGCCUGAACUACAAGAUUAUUUGAUAGUUACGGAAGCUCGAGCUAACAUAUUGAUCUGCUUUCAGUUGCUCCUUUGUACUCAUAGAGAAGGAUGGAGCUUUCAUGAGCAGAGGACGCGCUUCACGCAGAAUCUUCGUAACGUUGACGAUCGCUUUGAUUUCGGAAUCGCUGACUUCGUCCUUAGAGAUUUUUAA